AUGGCUGGACCUGCUGAGGCAUCGUCAAGGGCGAGCUCCACAAGCAGCUUCAAUUCGAGCCAAGAGUUCUCCGCGUCGAGGGUGCUCUCGAACGGAGCUUGUGGCGUUGUCUCAUCGGUGAUAUGGAUCAUCAUCUCUGCUGGCCUAUGUUUCCCGUGGUUGCUGGAGCAGCCCCCUGCUUCCAAGGCAGGGGACUCCCCCAAGUCAGUCGCGUGGUUCGUCGUGUUGGCCAUCGACCUUUCGAUCGGGGCUAUGAGCGUCUUUUCUCUGUGGUUUCGGCGAAGCACUCUGAGCAUCAUGCUGCUAAUUUGGGGCGCUGGCGGCAUCGUGGCCACUUUCUUGGUGGGAAGUUUCGCGAUGCUUCCGGCAGUGGCCACAAUGUCGACAAGCUCUUUUACAAUGUCCACCUCGUGCGCGACCGCCAACCCUGUUGACUUGGGCGGCAGAUGCUGCUGUGCGGAAGAAUUGUGCGUCUUGGGCGCGGCCGACAUCUCCCCGCUGGACGAUAGCUUCUGCUAUACGACCCUAGAGCUCUGCAUGGAAACGAAGUGGUCCCUGUGGUGCUACUACGGGGGAAUCCUCCUAGCUAUGACCUCCAUCGUAUUGCUCGUCAACUCGGUCGCCUUACAUCACAAGGUGUUGGGUCGCAAAGAGAUCGUCCAUCUGGUACAGACGCAGCAUGACCUCCUCAGCAAGACACAGAAGAAUGUUCCCCAGCAGAUCAUCAUGCGCUCGUCGCUGACGGACGUGGUCGGGUCGGGGGUCGUGGAAAAUCUGGUGGGCAUGGAGGAGGUCGAGGAGGUGGACGUUGCAGACACCGUAAAAACAAAGCAAGGUAGAGUGAGGAGCGAGCCUCACAAGGCUCGCACACACAGAACCCAGGACACUCUGCAGUCGAACAGGCCAAUAGAAGAAACCCUCUUGGACUGCGAACGCCGGUGGAACGAGGCCGCCAAAGCCAUCCGGGCCGCCAACCGCUCCCGGCGCCGCCGCCAGCAGCUCUGGGAGCAAGAGGUCUAUGGAGGCGGCAGCUACGCGGGAAGUCUCUCCGGCGCACGGCCGCCCAGCACCCGACGGACCGGCGGCGCCGACGACAACAGCCACGCCGGUGGCUCGACGCUGCUGCUGAAUCCCGCCGAGACCGCGAGCUCCCGCGGCCGCGGUGGUGCCCCCGCCGUAGCGCCCUCGUUCGAAUCCCCGGCUCGCGGUUACCCCCGAAAGCCGGUCGCCACGGCCGAGGUUUGCGGCGACAGGGUCACGCCACCCGUGGAGUUUGCCGCGCUCUACCCAGCGAGAGACACGGACAUUGAGAUGAGCAGGCUGGGCUCCCCAACUUCGGCCGCGAUGUCCCAGAGCGGCCAAGAUGAAGGCGACGGUAACUUUGGCGGCGGCGGGGGUGGCGGCGGUGGCGGUGGGUUUUCGAUCGGUGCGUACACGGGCGGGACGAAGAACCGCCUCAGCAACCUUGAGGAGGAGGCUGCGAGGAUAUCGUCGUGGGGCAGGGGUGAGACAGCCAACACGGGGGCGGCGAUGAACUGGGUGGCCGGCGGAGGGGAUGGGGACGGUCAGAUCACACCGAAAACGGCCCUAAGGUUCAAGACCAGCGCGCUCUCUAGAGCGAUGCACCGCUGA